AUGGAGGUAUUUUCUGGAAAACAGGCAGUUUAUUUGCAGAAGAAAACGUAUGGAUGUGAGGAAUAUCUGGCUAUGUUGAUUAGACGGAUUGAAGCAUUUAAGAUCAGUGUGGAUAUUAAAGCCUUUAGGGGGCAAAAUCUAGAAAGACUGAGAAGAAAAGUAUUAGUUGGGCGGAUAACUGGAUUCAUACGCUCUGCUUCUGAGGUUGUCAUCAAUUCAAGUGACAUGGCAACGUCAUUGGAGGAGCUUUUGGCAGAAGAAGGGUUUAGGAGGCACAAAGCAAAGAUGAUGCCCCGAGCAUCCUUUGGAUUAGAAGCGAUAGGUAUGCCAUUUUACCCACUCGAUGAUCGGCACAAGCCUGGUCCUUCAGGUGUAAGAAAGACACAGAGAACAAGAUCGGAUAUACCUCGUCAUCAUUUCAGAGGUGAAUUUCUAGCAGAUGACGAACUUAGUGAUCAGAAGUCAAGAGACAUUCAUGUUAGACAGGAUAAAGGAUCGAAGAAGGGAAAGGGGCCGAAACAUGAAAGAAGGGGCUCUCAAGAGAUAAGGCAUGUUAAGAAAUUCAGCAAUGGCACAAGUGAUGAUUUGCCUGGCUCUGAAAUCAGUAGCACUGCACGGAGUAAUGAGAUAAUUGAGGUCGCAGGGAUUAGGAAAUAUGAUGAUAUACGUUCAAAUGAAGUUUACAGCCCUGAGGAAAGGGAUAAAAAGUAUGGAACCAGAAGUGAGGAAAUGGAGAGCCCCAGACAGAUUACAGAGAAGAAUAAAAGAGUAGAUAAGAAAAACGGAUACAAUUCUAACAAAACUUCAACUGUUUAUAAGAGCCUCAAUGAGACUUCUGGGAAAAGCAGAAAAAAAACCGAGACAUCCUCUGGCAGAUCGAAUAGAAGUUCACAAAAUAGCAAAAGCUUGGAAGACAGUAAAAGCCGAAGGAAACCUGAUAUUGAGCAGAGUAUAGCUACUCCUGCACUUGAUGUAGCAGCAGUACAGGCUAUGAUUUCUAUCUUGAAUGGUUAUGUCAAAUGCUUUAUAAGAGACGAGGAUUUCAGGGCCUUGCAUCGUCAACGUAGUUUUGCCUCCCUAGACACUAUUGGACAGCUAGAAGGCUUUCAAACAGAAGGCAAAGUUAUAGCAAGUCUUGAAGAAGCUAUUGAAACAGUUGAAAGAGCUGCUGAGGAGCGUGCAACUACAAAAGAGUUGAAAAAGGCCUCGUUGCAACUCAGUGUUAUUGCAGGUUUGAAUUCGAAUGACUCAAAAGAUGGCUUUACGUCUGGAAUCCCUAACAACGAGCUAUCUGCUUGUGCUCAUUUCUACCUUAGUGUAGUAUAUAAGCUACAGAAGAAAGAUAGGAUAGCAGCAAAACAUCUUCUUCAAGUGUUUGUUGAUUCACCCUUCCAGGCACGAAAUGUUCUUUUACCUGAUAUGUGGGAACACAUAUUUCUCCCUCAUCUUUCAGAGUUAAAAGUUUGGUACGGCAAUGAAGCUAAUUUUCUGCUCAAUUCGCCAACUAAGAUGAGGAAACUUAAGCUGCUUGAGAAAGUAUAUAAUGAAAUUUUGGAUUCAGGCACUUACCAGUUUGCAGUUUAUUACAAAGAUUGGCUAACUGAGGGAGUUGAAGCUCCUCUGCUUCCUUCAAUCCAGAUACCAUCUAUACCUUUUCAUUUGGUUGAGAAGGCAGACCUUGACAAUCAGUCUCCUGAUGCUAGUAGUCCAGCUAGUACUUUCUUACCUCAAACAAUGGUCAGUAAGACACUAUAUGACUCAGUGUUCAGGCAUUCAGUUAAGCCAGCACCUGAAGUGGCUGGUUGUGAGGACGAAAGUUUUGAUAUCAGUGCACGAAGCUCACAUGAUGCUGCUGUUGAAGAGAACUCCCCUUCUGAAAUUGUCAAAUGCACAGUUCGAGAUGAUGCAGCCUCAUACCUGAAUGGUGCAUUAAGAGUCGUGGGAGCUCAUAGAUUGGGUAGGGAUAAUUCUUCAGAAAGACAUCCUAAUGAGAAAGUUGGCAGCCAUGACAUCAACCUAAAAACUUCAAAGAGCGUGCAUAUAUGUACUACACCACCAGCUCAUAAUUACAAUCAACUGAUAGUCAGUACAGUAGCGAAAGCAGUUUUUGAACUGCAACAGCCUGAGAAUCCUAUUAAUUCUGCUGGUGCUGGUACUUUUUUGACAUACAACAAAGAUGUUCUGCAUUCUGAUUUCUUGCUGACUAAUUCAGGGUCUGCUGUUGAAGGAUUAGAGGAAAACUGUGGAUAUUUCAUUGGAGGGACUUCUUUCUUAAGCAUUCCCCAGGACUUUAUUUGCCCUUUGACAGAGAUGUUAUUUGAAGAACCUGUAACCCUAGAGACUGGACAAACGUUUGAGAGGUCAGCCAUUAUAUAUUGGUUUGGAAAAGGUAAUACAACUUGUCCAGUAACUGGGAAAAUAUUGGAAUAUCGAGCUGUACCUCUGACAAACUUCAUUUUAAAGCGUGUUAUUGUUAAUUGGAAGAAAGAGCAUAGCAGGAAUCUGCUAGAUUUGGCCUCUCAAAUAGGUGAAAGUGUGAAGUCCAAAGAUGAAAUUGCAGUAUUCAUACUGGAGCAGCUUGUUACUGCUUCCAGCCAAGAGGACAGAAUAAGAAGUACAAAACAACUUAUAUCUCUUGGAGGCUUGCAGUUCCUCUUCCGAAGGUUUCAGUGUGGUGACCUCGAGGAGAGGACACGUGUCUCAGCAUUGCUGUUAAUUUGCAUUCUAGCAGACCCUGAUUACAAAAAUCAUGUAGCUAGAAACAUUGACAAAUUAUCUUUGCUUGAGCUACUUCACUCCAGACAGCUGAAGUCAAAAAGAAAUGCCGUAUCAUUGCUAACUCAAUUAAUUUGCCUGAACAGGAGGAAAGAUGCAAAGUGUUUCUUAGAGGGCUUACAGAAGGAAGAGACAAAGGACACUUUGCAUGUUUUGCUAGUGUAUCUUCAAAGUUGUCUAUUUGAAGAAAGACCUCUUGUUGCAGUGCUGCUCUUACACUUCGAUCUUAUGGUAGAACCUCAAGAACAUAGUGCAUACAGAGAGGAGGCUGUGGAUGCCAUUACAGUGGCCCUUGAAAGCAGCUUGACUGAUGAAAAGGUUCGAAUGAACUGUUGCAGAGCACUCCUUAUCUUGGGAGGACACUUUUCGUUUGCUGGGAAGAUCAUGACAGAGGAUUGGAUGCUUAAGCAGGCUGGAUUUCUCGAUGGACCAGUAUAUGAUUCUCCUGAAAAUGAAAACAAUAUAUUUGUUGAUGAAAGUAUUAUGAUGGUAUGUUGGUCUAUCACUGUAUAUUUAUCCCUCAUUUUCUUCCUCCACCGUCUUAUAUCCUAACAGAAGCUUAGAAAUAGCAAAGAUAAGCUUCUUGUUUACAUUGGUGUUCUGUAUAUCCAUUGAGUAUAGUCUCUUUGGAGUGAAGUUUCCACAUUUAAGCUUGCAACAUGUGAUAAUACACUCGUUUGCUUAUUUCUUUUUGAGGAGCCUUAAAAAGUAAAGAAAUUUGGCACGUUAUGGAACAAAUUGUGGAGAACAUCAAGUAUCUCUUUAUAAUUAAUCUGCUUAGUUUUGUGUCUUCUUAUAUGAUUUUUAAGUUCACCACAGUUUCAACAAAUUUUACUUAUUUCAAAGUGCUACCUUUUUGAUUGAUUGUGAUGAUGAUUUUGACC